AUGGGGUCUGCCAAGGUGAAUGUAGCGCUGACGCCUAAUGGCAGGGCUGAUGAUCUGCUGCUGCUGCACCAAGGUCAAGACGUGUUUGCGCUGCCUUUGGAAGUCGACAUGUGAGAGGCGCAUUCCCGCGCAUCCCCAAUUGUCUCACCUCACUCCGCGCCUGUCGCCUUGCUGACGACGCACCGCGGAGGUGACGCUUGACGCGAUGCUACCGCUCACGCCUUUUGCGUGCACAGGACAUUCGAGGAUCUGGUGGGCGCUCUUUCUAGCCGCGAAGAUGACGCGCCCGUCGUUUACCUCCAGUCGCAAGGUUCCAACUUGACCUCUGAGCCCGCGCUCUCUCCUCUGUGUGAUGAUUUUUCCCCUCGUAGCCACGUGUCAUCUACGACCGCGUCGCCUACACGCUCUAAAGACAACGCUUCGUUGUCGUUCUUGUUCGCGACACAAGCACUGGACAAGGAGCCAGAAGCGAUCAACUUGUGGGUGGGCAAUGAUCGUGCAUUCACCAGCACUCAUCGCGAUCACUACGAGAAUCUGUUCACAGUGGUCAGAGGCGUCAAGGAAUUCUACCUCUGGCCGCCCGCCGAAGGUUGGGCGCUGGAAGAAAGUGCGUUCAGGGCAGCGAGAGAGCUAAGCCUUGGUGCAGCAGCAUGUGCAGAAUUGCGAAGCACAUCUCUGACUUUGCACACCCUCUUGUACCCCAACCUUGUCCAGCUGAGCCUCUGCCCAUCUAUCAGUGGUCCAUCGACGCCAAGGAGAGUGACAGUGACUGCAUUGCUGCAAACGCGCUCAAAUCGUCCGACUUGGUCCUCCGUCCGGUCCCUUCCGCUCCCAAAACGCCUUGGAUCAGACCUUCUCCUCUCGAAACUUGCACGAGCAAGCGCAACGCUCCGUGCAAGAGGUACGCUCAGUCUUUGCCUCCUUUGCGCGUAAAAGUCGGCCAAGGUCAGACUCUGUAUCUUCCUGCCGGGUGAGUCGGAUGGACUGUCUCGAGCCGUAAAAUUCUAGAUCAAGACCAGCCGCUCCACAGCUGAGGCUCACGUCUCUUGCCACCUCAAUGCAGCUGGUAUCAUGCGGUGGCACAGCAGGUGGACGAUGGACAGGGAGAAGGCGCAAGCGCGGGGUUGUGUAUAGCCAUCAAUCAGUGGUACGAGGUGAGGUGAUCGGAGCUUGCACGUUGCAUCCCAGUCAUGACCAUGCAGAUGGCUGCUAUCGAGCCUGAAACUGACGCCUGAAACCAACGCCUUCUUCUUUCACCUACGAUCCCUGUGUGCCGCCUCUACGCUGAAUCAUGUGUGCACCCCAACGCGCGCGCUGCUACUUCCACGGACUCUCUGGUCCGCAGAGCGACGCGGCAUUUUCGGACAGGUGGGCUUGGACUCAGUUUCAGCGCUCCCUGGGCAAGAAGCUGGACGGCACCUUUGUGAAGGAAGGUGAAGUGUGA